AUGGCGCCUAUCGCUGUCGAGGACACGAUUGAGACGCCUGUGGUGUCAAAGAAGCCCGCUGGGGCUUCGAAUGGAGUUGUGAGCAAACCAACACUUGCACGCUGUGAUGCCAACGACCCGGCAACGACGACGGAGCUCCUCGUGUCGAUUAUAGAACGGGAUGGCGGUGUGAUCGUGGAGAACAUCAUCUCCAAGGAACUGGCUACGCAGAUCAAGACUGAGCUGAAGCCUUACUUCGAUACAGACAAAGUUGAUCCUUCAGGAUUCUUUCCCCACACCACACAGAGGGCUACCGGCCUCCUGGCUCGGUCGGAUGGCUGCGUCGAGUUGGCAAUGAAUCCUACAUAUAUCGAUAUAGCCAACAAGAUGAUCUCUUCCACGUAUACAUACUGGAACGGACAGCAGCAAGAGACGGUGUUUUCCAAACCCAUUAUAUCCUCGACCGUUGGUUUCCGAGUAAACCCAGGUGGAAGGCAACAAGCCUUGCACCGCGACGACGGCGACUAUCACACUCGUAAUUGCGACAUGCCCAUGAUGCUGGGUUGUGUAACGGCGUUGACGAAAACCACGGCAGAGAAUGGCGCAACAAUCGCCAUUCCUGGUUCGCACCUCUGGGGUCCAGAUCGCUGCCCUUAUGAUCAUGAGGCGGUUCCAGCCGAACUAGAACCAGGGGAUGCCUUCAUCUUCGUCGGCAAUCUUUAUCAUGCCGGAGGAGCCAAUAUCACAAAGGAUCAAGCUCGCGAGACCGUGGGAAUCUUCUUGUGCAAGCCAUAUUACCGCCCAGCGGAGAAUCAGUUCUUGAUGGUGCCUCCUGAGAAAGCGAAGCGAUUGCCUCCCCAAGCACAGAGGUUACUGGGAUAUGGAAUCAGCCGUCCUGCUGUAGGCUUCAUGGAGUAUCAGGACCCAAUGCGAGUCCUUUUUGGUGUUGAGGACGAGGAGACGGUCGACAUGUGA